UGGGGAGGUAAACUUUUGGAGAAGAUCAGAAGGCAAAAGAGCGUGGCAGUGGCAUCUGUAUAUAUGCAAAACUACGCGCCAUGUCUUCCUCUCACUUCAUCCCCACCAAAACCGCAUUGGAGCAGAACUCAACCAUUGACCCAUUUGCUUCCUUCUGUUAUCGCGGCACCACAAUGAACCCAACGCACCGUUUCAAACGAGUCUCCAAACCCAGAUCACCGCUUCAGAAAACUCGGCGUUCGCUCAGAGCCAAACCCAGCCCAACCCCAGAAUCACACAUUUCUUCCGAAAAAACGAAAACUUUGCCCCGCGAUUUCUUUCAAAUCGAUGCGCUGGACCUUGCCCCUCGCUUGCUUGGAAAGUUUCUUCGUAGAGACGACGUCGUUCUUCAGAUCACUGAGGUGGAAGCUUAUAGACCAAAUGACUCGGCUUGUCACGGUCGUUUUGGUGUUACUUCAAGAACUGCCCCUGUUUUUGGACCUGGCGGGCAUGCGUAUGUUUAUCUUUGCUAUGGUCUUCACAUGAUGCUCAAUGUUGUUGCUGACAAGGAAGGUGCUGGAGCUGCUGUUUUGAUACGUUCUUGUGCUCCCAUUAGUGGAUUGGAAGUCAUUCAACAGCGCCGAGGUCUGAAAACUGAGAAACCUGUCCUUCUUACUGGUCCAGGGAAGGUCGGUCAGGCACUGGGUCUUUCGACAGAAUGGUCCAACCAUCCUCUCUAUACACCUGGUGGAUUGGAACUCUUAGAUGGUCCAGAGCCAGAAAACAUAUUGGUAGGUCCAAGAGUAGGCAUUCAAUACGCUUUGCCAGAACAUGCAAAUGCAUUGUGGAGAUUUGCAAUUGCAGGUUCCCCUUGGAUUAGUGCUCCCAAAAACACUCUCAGGCCGCCCUUACAGUGA